AUGCAACACACCAAUGCCCGUGAUCAAGAUAAUUCCCAGUCUCCUGUUCAAUUACUCCAUUCCUUUAAUUAUAUCAAUUUUAAUUUUACAUCGGAACAGGCACGACAAGAAUAUUUCAAUGAACAAAUUUACAAGAAUGUCAUGUUGGCUGGUGUCAAAGUUGAUGCUCAAGGAAAUUUGUAUGUUUCAAUGCCAAGAUGGAAAUCUGAUAAAAUUCCAGCAACAUUGGCAAAGAUUUCAGUAUCGCCAUCACCCAAUGAAUCUCCACUUUUAGAACCAUUUCCUAGUUGGGAAUGGAACGAUGUGAAUAAUGCAACAUUUGGAUUACAAAGUGUUUUAGGAUUUGAAAUUGAUGGUCAACAGAGAAUGUGGAUUUUGGAUCAAGGAAAAGUUGCAGGAAAAAAAGCAGCUGAGGAUAGCAUCAAAUUAGUCAUUUGGGAUUUGGUAAAGAAUCAAUUGAUUGCCAAAUAUCAUUUCACAGCAGAGGAAGCUUCCCGAACAAAUUCCUUCCUAAAUGACCUCGUGGUAGAUACGGAACAAAAUGUUGCCUAUAUUAGUGACAGUGGUAUUCCAAUUGAUAAUCCACAAAAUGAUCCAUCUAUUCAUCCACAACCUGGAAUUUUAGUCAUUGAUAUUGAUACCAUGAAAGUGAAAAGAUGGUUCGAUGGUUUACCACAAGUUCAAGUCAAUGAGAGUGCAUGGCUUGACGUCAAUGGAAAGAAAUGCCUUGAAAAAUCACCAAUGAAAACUGGUGUAGAUGGAAUUGCACUCAGUUGUGACUCUAAUCGUUUAUAUUGGACUCCUCUCUCAUCUAGAACAUUGUAUGGAAUUGAUGCCAAUUUGUUAAUCAUGUAUCCUGCAAACACUUCUUUAGUGAAUAAUAGAAUUAUCAAUUUUGGAGAUAAGAUUUCAGCCAGUGAUGGAUUUGCCAUGUCAUCAGACUCAGUCUUGUAUAUGACUGCCAUUGAGAAUAACACUAUUUAUGAAGUGGAUGAAGAGGUCUAG